ACACACCCGUCAGUGUCUUAGUGUGAUUUUGACUGACUGGCUGACUGACGGGGGAUUCUGGAGGAGACACACCGGGACGGAUCGACACACUCUCCGGUUUUUCGCUGCCUUGUCUGUCAGUGUUGUCACGGCCGAUGGUUUUCUAAUCCCACCGCCUGUCUGACCGCCUCACCAUCGGAUUCUUUACUUGAUUCUCUUUCCCUCCUUGAUUGGCUGAACCGGGGCUGAUCCCAGCCACCCUGAGCCGUGGCCGUGGGGCUGUUCAGCGAGCCUUAUAGCUGAAGUUGGCACCCGAGAUGAGCGCCUGGACACCCGGGAGCGGGGCUCUCUUCUCGCCGUGGAGAGGGUCUGGGUCGUGGCGGUGUUGCUGGUGGUCAUGUUGGUGGUGGGUGAUGGUGAUCGGGGUGGCAGUGGGCUCGGGGGAUCCCUGGAUGUCCGCGGAGGCAUGUCCGUCCUCCUGUUCCUGUAGCAGCACAAGGAUUUCCUGCGUGGACCCGGAGCGGGGUAUCAAUUCUUUUCCAGUUCUGCAAAGCGAGGCGGAGAUGGAGAACAUCACCGACAUCUACAUCGCCAACCAGAGCGGCUUCUCCUCUAUCAACGACAAAGACCUGCACUACUACAAGAAUCUCAGGAACCUAACGGUGACUAACAGCAGGCUAACAUAUGUGUCAAAGCUGGCCUUUCAAAACAACAUCAAGCUACAGUACCUGAAUCUAAAGGAUAACAACCUGUCAUCACUGUCCUGGAGAAUAUUCAGACACCUUAACAUCUCUUAUCUGAUCCUGUCAGGGAACCCUCUGCACUGUUCCUGUGAGAACAUGUGGAUCAAGCUGUGGUUAGGAGAGGAAGCAGACACUCAGGAGCUCCGCUGCAUUGAGGAUGGAGGAGGCCGCAAACUGCUGUCCAGACUGACUCUACCUAACUGUGAGGUUCCCAUAGCAACGUUGAGCCCAUCCAAAGCGACGUUAAUGCAGGGGAAAAGCCUGGACCUGUCCUGUAUGACCUCUGGGGUGCCCUCACCUGAGCUGAUCUGGAAAAUGGGGCUGGUGUCUAACUAUGAGAUCGAGACGUCAGGCCAGAUUUCGGUGCUGCGACUCUCCAACCUGUCGUCUCAGGACCACAACAGCAAGAUCAGCUGCAUAGCUGAGAACAUUGUUGGAGAGAAAGAGUCCUCACUGCUGCUGGAUAUUCUUUUUCCACCCAAAAUCACCAAGCUGAGUGAUGCAAUCCCAGACCAUCACUGGUGUAUCCCCUUCAGCGUGUCAGGGAACCCAGAGCCGCAUCUACAGUGGCUUCAGGAUGGGGAAAUGGUGAUAGAGGGAGACUAUAUCAUGACAAUGAUUCAUGACAUCACGGAGAGAGAGUACCAUGGCUGCCUGCAGCUGGACAGCCCAACACACCUCAACAAUGGACACUACACACUCCUGGCUACCAACAAAUAUGGAUCAGACCGAAAGGAGGUGGAGGCUCACUUCAUGCGAAAGCCCUGGGACGGAACUGAACCUAUUUAUUACGACCUACCAACAGACACACCAGCAGGUAACACCCCUGCAAACCCUCCUGAAGACAGAGUGGCAGUGUACGUGGUGGUUGGCAUUGCUGCUGUUGCCUUUACUGGUUUCCUUCUCAUGUUGGUUAUUCUCAAGUUUGGAGGAAACUCCAAGUUUGGCAUCAAAGGACCAUCUUCAGUGAUCAGCAACGACGAUGACUCAGCCUCACCUCUUCACCACGUCUCCAAUGGCAGCAACACGCCUUCGUCCUCAGAGAUGGGCCCUGAUGCUGUAAUCAUAGGCAUGACCAAGAUUCCAGUGAUAGAAAACCCUCAGUACUUCAGGAGCACCAACAGCCUGCUCAAAACUGACACAUUCGUCCAGCACAUAAAGAGACACAACAUCGUGCUGAAGAGAGAGCUGGGCGAGGGAGCAUUUGGAAAAGUCUUCCUGGCCGAGUGUUACAACCUCUCACCUGACCAGGAGAAGAUACUGGUGGCUGUCAAGACACUGAAAGAGGCCAGUGAAAAUGCCAGAAAAGAUUUCCACCGGGAGGCUGAGCUGCUUACCAACCUUCAACAUGAACACAUCGUCACUUUCUAUGGAGUGUGUGUGGAGAGUGAUCCUCUCAUCAUGGUGUUUGAGUACAUGAAACAUGGAGACCUCAACAAGUUUCUCAGGGCUCACGGUCCAGAUGCAGUUCUGAUGGCAGAAGGUCAGACCACUAGACCCGUAGAGCUGACCCAGUCUCAGAUGUUGCACAUCGCCCAGCAGAUAGCAUCUGGCAUGGUGUACUUGGCUUCACAGCACUUUGUGCACCGCGACCUGGCCACCAGGAACUGCCUGGUGGGGGAGAACCUGCUGGUAAAGAUCGGAGACUUUGGCAUGUCCAGAGACGUCUACAGCACUGACUACUACAGGGUUGGAGGUCACACCAUGCUGCCAAUUCGCUGGAUGCCGCCUGAAAGCAUCAUGUAUAGAAAGUUCACGACAGAGAGCGAUGUCUGGAGUCUAGGAGUCGUCCUCUGGGAGAUCUUCACUUAUGGCAAACAGCCAUGGUACCAGCUCUCCAAUAAUGAGGUGAUCGAGUGUAUAACACAGGGCCGGGUGCUGCAGCGCCCCAGGACCUGUCCUAAAGAAGUGUACGACCUGAUGCUGGGCUGCUGGCAGAGAGAGCCGCACAUGAGACUCAACAUCAAGGAAAUACACGGUCUGCUCCUCAACCUGGCCAAGGCCUCACCUGUGUACCUGGAUAUACUGGGCUGAACACAGUAGAAGGACGAGGAGAGAUUUGAAUGUGUGUGUGUGUUUGUAUGGAAACUGAAUCUAUAUCUGAAGAGUGUAUGUGCAUUCUGGGUUGCAUGCAUGUUUGAGUGUGUUUUUUUCUGUUAGGGUGGACAUGGUGACACUCGUGAAUGAAGUGUGUGAUGCGAGGUACCAUUGUACAGGAUGUGAAGCUAUUAUCAAACUCUUAAAGGCAAUCAAAAAAUUCCUCAACCCAUCCCCACUCGCCUCGCUCCUUCCUCCAAUUUCGCCAAUUUCCCCUCCUUUGUGCAUCACAGCUCCUUCCCUGCUCCUUCCUUCCUGAAGAGACAUUUACUGAGAGUAAUUUAACUUUGGAGGGAAAGAAAGCUUCCCUCGUUAUUUUUUCCGAAUGCUUUAAACUGACUCGGGCUGAAUUGACAAAACCUGAUUAACAAGACUUACAAAUUUCGUGACUCAUCCCCUGCUGCCUGUUGGACAACAGGACUCGGAAAUUACAAGGAGGUGGAGGAUUUCCUGGAGUUUGAAGUCCUUUGCGUGUAAAUAUGAGACGUUUCAGAGAAGAUGGCUCUUGGCGAUGUGGAGCCAUAAAGACACUGUGUUUCCCUUCUCACCCUGUCUGUCUGUCUGUCUGUCUGUUUGUCCUUCUGUCUGUCUCAGUAUAACUGUCAGUAUUCAUCCUACUACUACUACUACUGCUACACAGGGGGACGAUUAACACACAGCUACACAAACAGUACUUUUACUACAAGAGGAAAAAACAUUUGAGAAGUAAACACAAUCUGUUGUCUGUGUAAGAUGAUACAAGAUGCUUUCCAGAACAUUACAGUGCCUGCUGAAGCUGAGCUGAACUUCUGUGGUGAAAAAUAAUCCAGGAAGAAGGCAGAGGUAUUCUAAUAUAUUGUAAUUGUGAAUCCUAGAAUUGUUAAUAAGCUUGAACUCUCUGGUACCGCUCUACAAUAUCUCCUCAUGCAACAGACUGAUGUACAUGCUAAUAAGGAUAUAUGCACUCAUAACUGCUCCGUGGUACACUCUUACUUUGCUCAGGCCUUACAACACAGCACACGGUAAUAUGAUGACUAUACACCCCUCACACAGCCUCCACCUAAAGUGACAGAUGCUUCACUUGUGAUGUCAAGCGUUCAUGUCGGGGGUCAAUUGAUUGAUAUGUUCCCAGCUGUCUGACUACCCAGAGGUCUUGGUUUUGAUGGAGGUAGAGGAGGAAGGGGGGUGUGUGUAAAGAUUAAAGAGGGAGGCUGGGUUUUUGAGUGGUCAGAUCUCGGUCAGCGGUGUGGGCGGUGGUGCUGUAGAAGGUGUGGUUCAUUUGGUCAACCCAUAUUAAAUCAUCAAGGCUUUCAGCACUCAGACAUCCUUGAAAACCACAUCUGUGCUAGAGGGGGGUGGCACACAAAACAACACACAAACACACACACUGUAUACCUUAACCAUCAUCCCUCCACCUCCAAACACACAAACACACACAAACACACACGCACACACACACUGAAAGACACUCAAAACUGUCCGAGAAGGAAAUUGAAUUGUGCAUGUUUUAUUAUUUGAGCGGUGCAGUGCUUUAGCCGGGCCCCGUCCACUGUAAUGGUGUAAUGUAUAUUUCAUUACAGCCUAAUGGGCUCCAUUAGCACAGACUCCUCACAGACAUUCAAGACUUAUUGUUUUAUGGCUGAGAAGGAUGGAUGGAGGGGUGGAGCAGAGAGGUGAAGAAGAGGAGGAACAUGGGAGAAGGGGAGCAGCGAAGAGGAGAAAUAAGAGGAGAGGUAAUAACGCAUAUUGGGGAAGAAAAUGGAGAGGAAGGGAGAGAGUCUAGAACGGAGGCAAUGAGGUAGAAAGGAGGAGACAACGGGAGCAGGGAAAAAGGUACGAGUGGGUCAUGUGGAGGAAGAAGAAGGAGGAGAGGACAGAGGAGUGGGGAGAGAGAGGAAGAGGAGGUGUGAAUGUCCUCAGGGAGAAGUGAAAGUGAGCAUCCAUCAUUACUGCGGCCUGCACAUGUUCUGUAAGCCAAAACUUCAACCUCACACUCACAACACAUUCCUACAUUCGGCCUCAACCACACACACACACACACACACACACACACACACACACACACACGCUUAUACUGUACACACACAUAUUACUGGCAAUUCACCAACAGCUAACAGUGAAAAUAAACUCAAUAAUGCACCACACAUCCCCAUUAUUGAGAACCACUUGACUCACUUACAGCACAGCUCACAUAUCUGGUCUUACCGACACACUGUAUAUAUACAGCAGCUCACAUGCAUGCAAGAAAACACUUUAAUGUUUGUUUGGGCGUUUUGCUGGAGCAUAUUUAACUCUUACAAACACAACCACAGCGGUUCACUAACAGCCAUUCUCUUUAGAUGUACAAACAUUCAUCUAGAAGUCUUUUUUGUUUCUUAACAACAGCACUUGAUGGUAUUGAUGUUUGUGAACUUGAAAAUGUUGGUUGUAUUGAUUUAUAGUAUUAUUUAUAAAUUAAAAAAGCAUUUUUGUACAUUUCUUUCUAUAUCUAAAGUUGCCUUUUGCAACAGCAAACUGACUGAUAAUGGUCACUUGUUUUAUUUAUUAUGUUUGAGCAAACUGUGUAAGAUAAUCUUGAGUGUAUUUUUAUGUCAUGCUCCCUCUUAACAGCUACCUUACCUGUCCUCUUGUACAGAGGGCUCUACAGCAGGGAUGGAUUUGACUUAUUACUAAUGUCAAAUUUGACAUAUUACAAAUGUAUCGCCUCCUGCAGAGCAUGGGUGUGAGUGUUAAUGGCUGCAGCAUCCACAUGGCAGGCCAACAAGCUCCUCAGAAUCCAUCCCUGCUGUACAGUCAAGUUGAGUUUGCACUGAGUGAACGCUGCACUUGACAUGCUUCAAAAACUUACAACACAAUAACUCUGUGCAAUAACAGAGGGCAGGGAGUGUGUGAGCUGGAAAAGAUUGACGAGAAUCAAACUCAUAAAAGAAAGAGGACGAGGUUGAAGGUAUAUCCCAGCUGGCUGCACUGUGUGUGUACAUACCUGCUGUGUUUUUUUUUAAUGAUGAACUGUGGAGACGUUUUAACAGAAAGGCGAUGUGAGACAAUGUUUGUUUUGAUGAAGACUUGUCAGCACAACGCAAGAGAGCUCUGUGAAACUUUAACACAACUCCAGAUGAAGAUUUCCCUUCUUCGCAUCAAGGCCUCAGAUCAAGUCAUCGGUCAAAUAAUGAAAAAUGAAAAAUGACAGGAAAACUGUUGUGAGAUUGGACACCUCAGACAAGGAGGGACUGACAAUCACAGACUUUCUCUCUCUUCUUCAAGUGACCUACUGUAAUAUAGACUUACUCAACCAACUUUCCUCUUCUAUGCUGCCUAUACUGUACGUGAUAGUCUUAAACUUUCGUCUCAAAAAGUGCUACUUUUUCUUUGAUUUAUUUUUUGUAAAAUGAAAUAACAGCGAGAGGAAUGAACAAAAACACAAAUGUACAAAUGUGAAUAAGCUGCUGAAAGAAAUAAGCGCCACAAACUGCUGUGUCCAAGACUGUGUCAGUAACUAGAGUGUACCUUUUUUUUUUUUUCUUGUCUUAGAGGAGGGCAGAGAAAAUGUGAAAGCUGGACUCACAAUUAAACAUAUUCAAUCAGCAUCGGUUUUUGCUUUGGUGUCACACUCAGGGUGGAAAGCUAAAAGGCAGUGUAAUGUUGCAGUGCUUAAUUCUAGGUUAAACUGUGUCUAAACUUAGAAAAUCUCUCAAAUUGUUCUCAUUUCCCUAACUGAUCAGUAAAAUCAAAGGCAAUGGGGAGAAAAAAAUAUAUCCUGCCAUUAUUCCUGAUUUUAAAAUUUCACAACCUGUUAGCUAAAAACAGAAAACAGCAAACAUAAUCACUCAUCUACUCCUUGGCUCGUUAAAAGGGUUACAUGAUAUCGCUCAAAAUUACUUUUAACAUAUUUUUCAAACCCCCAAAGAGGGACACCUUCAUUUUACCAGAAACUCACAUGUUUCACCUGAUGGUUUAUACCUUAAGUAUUUACCAGUAUUUACCGAGCGUUUGUGUUCGCUCAUUCUAAUAUGGCUUUGUAUGUCAGCAUUUCUACCGCGGGUGACUGAAAAUGGACACUUUCAAACCUGUGGCAUUUAGUGUUUUCUCAAUAGUUGGUGCUUGAAAACCCGACAGUCAAGGGUCCUCCUGUGUUGGCAAAAAAUAAGAAGUUGAAUGCUAAUGUUAGCUUGGGUAACUUAUCUGAUGUUAGCUUAUAAUUUAGCAUGUAUUGGCAAAAAAACAACAAAAAAAACGGUAAUCUUUAGGGAGUACCAAAUAUGAGCUAAUGUGUGAUAACAUGAGUUUUCCUUACUUGAAUUAUGGACAAAUGACACUCCUGGUCUCACUGUCCUUAGUGUUUUCAGAUGCAAAUUAUUCAGGAAAGAGUCAAAUGAUGAUGAUGUUUCGAUGUUUAUACAAUUUAGAACCAAUACAAAAGCAGUGCAACUUUAAAGAAGCAUUUUGAGCGUUCCUCCCUGAGCGUUACAGCACCCAAAAAAUUGCCACUGUGUGAGUAUGACAUACAGCAUGCUGAGUGACUGUUCUUCUUGUGUUUGUGUGUGAGUGAGUGUGUGUGUGUGUGUGUGUGUGUGUGUGUGUGUGUGUGUGUGUGUGUGUGUGUGUAUUUGAGGAGAAGUGCUGAUUGAUGCUGCAGUGAGUCAGGAGGGAUUCAGACUCCACCCAAAUCCAGGUUCAAAUGAGAUUGGAGGAGGAAUCAGGCAUUGAUUUGUUGUCGCCGCUCACCAAUUCAUGAUAAAUGACUUUACUCAGUCGUGUUGGACUGAGGUCGGCAUUAUGGCAGCUAAGAUUUAUGGAAUCACUCAAUUUUUUUAUUUAUGUCUCCAAAAUCAGCCUCCUGCUCAACACAUCGUUUGAACUCCACAUGUUUAAUCCCCUCUCUCUCACACACACACAUCAAAGUCUGAGCUAAUAAAGCAGAAAAAUCACAGAGGUCAUCUUUAAGAUGAUCCUUGGGCUUGGAUGCUUCUGGAGCUCCAACACCUUGAAGAAAGUAGAACCACAAAAACUGCUUCUCUGCAAAAAACUUUUUAUUUUUAUGUUUUGGGGUGAAACUGUGACUCGCUAUAUGCAGUAUCUCUGUUUUUCAGUAUUCAGUUUGUGCUGUUUGUCUCUGUGUUGAAGAGGGUUUUGUUGCUGCCACGGUUGUAGAAAACAAAAGAAGGAUUUAGGUGGAUGUUUUGUGGAUGUUUUGAUUGUAAAAGGCUUAAAAUAUGACCCAGGACAAAAUGCUGUAAGAGUUCUGUAUGAAAGAGAUGCUUGAUUGUAAUUCAAUGCCUAAAAUGUAAGAGCCAUCUGUCUUGCAAAGCACACAGGUAAUUAAAGCUGGAAAUGAAGCAAAAAGUGCUCAGAUGGUAAACACACAUACACACACACCAAAAGGAACAUGUACAGUCAUACAGACGUAUGGUGGAAAUGAUAAAAGUGAGUCAUGAAGGUAAUGCUAUGAUUUCUCUCUGAACUUGGACCAGUCUGUCGUGAUACAAUGUAAUUAAUAAAAAGUGUUAUGUCACAACAAA